AUGAAGUGCCUUGCUAAUGAACUAUCAAAGACGCCUCUUCGACGUCUCCCUGCGAAGAUUAUACACACCACUCUCAUCUGGGGUUCUAGAUGGCCUCCCUGUGCUCCUUCAAAUAAGGAUUACCGAUACCGUAUUCAAGCUCGAAAUUUCUCAAAAAAAUAUGCUCGACCAAGAACAGCUCUCUUCUUUCCCGGUCAAGGCGUCCAGAAAGUUGGAAUGCUGAAACCAUGGCUAGCAGCAUUUCCAUCAACUGCUGGUCCUCUCGUAGAGGAGAUCGAUCAUCUUAUGGAAUACAAGCUAUCAAAAGUUAUUGAAGAGGGUCCAAAUUCGCUACUCACCGCCACGGUAAAUGCACAACCCGCCAUAAUGGCCUGUUCAGUACUUAUACUUCGAAUACUUGAAAUAGAGUUUGGCUUCAAGACAGUAGAAAGAGUUGAUGUAGCCCUAGGACAUUCUCUGGGUGAGUUCGCGGCACUUGUAGCUGCGGGUAAUGUUCACUUUGAGGAUUCCCUCUACUUGAUCCGAAAGCGGGCGGCUGUUAUGGCAGAGUGUUCGCAAAGGGCAAGAGCCGAUCAUGGUGGCGAAUACGGCAUGAUUGCUCUCGUAACUGAGCCAGGGCAUCUCACAUCACUAAUUGAGGCGAUUCAUGAAUUUCUCGGCCAUCACAGCACUGGAUCAAAGUCUGAAAGCGCCGAAGACGUCCCUCCCAUUCAACAAGUACUCAUUGGCAACAUAAAUAGCAAAAAUCAGAUUGUCUUGAGUGGGAAUAUUGAGAGAAUUAAGACAUUAUUGACCCAUGUCAGACAAUUCGGGGGUCACGAUCCAAGAGCCGUGAGACUUAAUAGUGAUUGUCCAUUUCACAGCUCUCUAAUGAUUCCGGCAAAGAUUUCCAUGAAAAAAAUGUUGGAGGGAAAGAGCCGGGUCAAGGGCAGAGAGGAUAAAGCUAUAGUGACGUUUCCAGGCGUCAUGGACUGUAUCAGUAAUGUUAGCGCUAGACCGUUCGAAAGUAAGGAAAAUCUUAAAGAUUUAUGGGCGCGUUCGUGCGUGGAAACAGUAAGAUGGUGGGACAGUAUCAAAUACUUGGAUCAGGAACAAGGUGUACGGCGAUGGAUCGGAAUUGGGCCCGGCAAAGUGGGCAGGAACCUUGUAGGAAAAGAGGUCGGUAUGCGAGGAAGAGAUGUAGUGAAAGGAGGGGGUGUAUGGGCAAUUACGGAUCCUAAAGAAUGCGAGGAAGUUCUCAAGGCGUUGGACGAGACUGAAAUGUCGGCAGACGAUGUAUAA